AUGGAAUAUCAAGAAGAAAAUCAGUACUCGCACACAUCACAAUCCAAACCUACAAUGAGUGCCAUUCCUUCUCUCGGAAAGCCUCUUGCAGAAAUCACAGACUCUCAUGGCAACGUUCGAUCACGACUCCCAUCAAAGAUGCCACAACCUACAACCUUGAAGCGUCAAAAUGACAAGUCAAGCAACGAACCGGCACCCAAACGCAAGACUCUUGCUGAAAGAGCAGGGGAGCCUGCUACUACAAUGACUCGAACACCUUCUGUACGCAAGCCAUCUGUUAGAGGAACUUCUAUUGUAGAUAUAAAGAAUAAUUUCUCUCAACCACGAACCACUUCAGCUUCAUCAAUGUCAUCCCGGACACCAUCAGUAUCUUCGCGUCACACAUCAAGCAGCAGCUUCUCUCAAAGUGUUGGACCUGGACGACCAAAGUCUGCUUUUGGCUCACGCCCACCAUCCUACAGUCAAUCUACAACUACAAGGCCCAAUACAUCCCAAUCUAAAGGUCGAACAAAUGCCUCGAGCACCUCUUCGGAUGAUGACGGUAUGCCACCCCCUGGAGGAAGACGGAAGCCCAUGAUCCCAGUACCUGCUUUUACAUCUUCCCAACAAUUGAAUGGAAAUACCGAGUUGGAAGUUAUAAAAGUCCGCGGUCAUCGUUCAACCAACUCAGUGAGAUCUCACUCCCAGGACAGCCUACGAGAUCUUUCCGUUAGUACGGCAUUGAGUAGGCUCCAGAUCAAUGAUGAGCAGACUGAUCCAACCACGGGAUACAACUUGAAUUCAACACCAAGGAAGGACCCCCGUAUUCGACACAGGUUUUCCCAAAGCGUAGGACAUCGGAAUUUGAGAGUAGACAAUGAAGAAGCCGCACUUGUUCUAUAUCAGGCUCCGGUUCAUAGCUCAGUAGCUCCGAAGACGCCUUCUCAUAUUCCUGUCCUUGCUAAGUCGGAAUAUUUCAAUUCUACACCCAUGACUCCUUGCAAAUCUUCCAAAUUUUCCCCCACCAAAAAACCAUAUUUGACAAAAGAUUCUAAUGUUUCCGGAGUAGCCUUUGAUGUACGUAGUCGCCUCGAAUCCAUGGAAGCAAUGUAUGCCAGGCUCGCAUCAACAGUCGACGGCACAGGCAAGGACCACGACGCACUUAGAAAUGCAGUCAGCGAAUACAAAACUAAACUCGAUGAACUUGAAGGCCUCAAAACACAUCUUUCGUCUUCCAACCAGACCUUACAAGCUAACUUAGAUGAUACGACCCAGAGACUAAGUAUGAUUCAGCAGAAACUGAUUGAAGCCACAAAUGCCUUGGAUGACAACAUUCGAGCGCACCGUCUCGAGAUGGAUGACGUAAAUCGAAACCAUCGCAACGAGACAGAUAAAAUGAGACGAGACAACAUAGAUGAGCUUGACCGAGUUCUUCGUACUCACCGAAACGAUAUGCUGGAGCUCGAACGAAGAUCGGCUGUCGAACUUGAAGACCGUAUCAGAAGUCUCGAACGACAAAGUGAUGCGAAAUUGGAGGAAGAGAGAAGCCGAAGAUUACGUGAGGUCCAGGAGCUUGAAAGCAAGUCCACUACAGGUCACCAAGGGUUGAACCUUGCGUUGCAGAUGAAGGAGCAAGAACUUCAAAUUUUGAAGACGGAGCUUGAAGAACUGAAGAUUAAUAUCGAUCGAGAGAGAGAGUUGAAGGAGAAUGCUCUAAACACCAUCAAGGAAGUUCAGCAAACCAUGCAAAAGACAGGCGUUGAAACAUCAGCAACGAUGGGAAACACUCGAAAGCACGCCCAAUCCGAUAGUUUUGUUGAGAUGGAAGGGCGACUCCAGGAAGCUCUUAAUUCCGCAGAGGAAUCCAAACAGAAGUUAAUCAAGGAGGAGACUCUUCGUCGUAUUCUUUUCAACCAAGUUCAAGAGCUGAAAGGAAAUAUUCGGGUCAUGUGCAGAGUUCGACCGACUUUCAAAGAAGGUGCAGAGGGCGAGUGCGCAAAGAUCUUAUUUCCUGACACCGACAAGGAGUCAAAGGAGCUAUCGAUCAUUGGAAAGGAGAAGAGGAGCAACUUUGGAAAAGUCUCGAUUGAAAACUCACACGCGUUCUCCUUCGACAGGGUUUUUGGACCAUCAAGUCAAAAUCAGGAGGUCUUCGAGAAAUUUCCACAAUUAGUCCAAAGCGCUGGAAAGACACAUACCAUGUCAUCUGCUGAUGGUAUGAUUCCUCGUGCCACUCAUCAAAUCUAUGAGUCCGCCGAAGCUCUCAAGGAGAAAGGAUGGACUUAUACGAUGGAAGUUAGCUUUGUUGAAGUCUACAACGAGGAAAUUCAUGAUCUACUGGGAAGCUCUAGAGACCUUGACAAGAAGAAGCACGAGGUCCGACAUGACGAUAAGAAGAAGCAAACCACUGUUACUGGAUUGGAGACUGUGCUUUUGGAUUCACCAAACGCGGUAGAAGCAAUUCUUAAGAAGGCGGACAAGAAUCGUAGCGUUGCUGCCACCAAAUCCAACGAACGAUCAUCAAGAUCACACUCUGUUCCCCCUUCAUCUUGA